GCGCGGCGUUGCCCAAUAGGAGCUGCGCGGCGCGGCUCGGCCUGCGCCUGGUGCUGGCGGGCGGAGUUAUGGAUCCAAGCUUACUGAGGGAGCGAGAGCUGUUCCGAAAGCAUGCCCUCUCCACGCCUGCGGUCGAGAAACGGCCAGCGUCAUCCGCUGAAUCCUCGAGCUCAAAAAAGAAGAAAGUAAAGGUAGAGCAAGGUGGCCCAUCGAGCUCAAAACAGAGCUCAGAUCACAGCAAUGGCUCAUUUAAUUUGAAAGCCCUUUCAGGAAGCUCUGGCUACAAGUUUGGAGUCCUUGCAAAAAUAGUGAAUUACAUGAAGACUCGGCACCAGCGUGGUGAUACACAUCCAUUAACUCUAGAAGAGAUUUUGGAUGAAACGCAGCAUUUAGAUAUUGGACUCAAACAAAAGCAGUGGUUAAUGAAUGAGGCUCUAGUCAACAAUCCUAAAAUAGAAGUUAUAGACGGGAAGUUUGCUUUCAAACCCAAGUACAACUUGAAGGAUAAAAAGGCUCUGCUCAGGCUCCUGGACAAGCACGACCAGCAAGGGCUGGGAGGAAUCUUUUUAGAAGAAAUUGAGGAAGGGCUACCCAAUGCACAUAAAGCUAUAAAGGCUUUAGGGGACCAAAUUCUCUUUGUUACCCGCCCUGAUAAGAGGCAACUUCUUUACUACAAUGACAAGAGCUGUCAUUUCUCUGUGGACGAAGAGUUUCGGAAACUGUGGAGAAGCAUUCCCAUGGAUUCUAUAGAUGAAGACAAAGUUGAAGAGUACCUGAAACGACAGGGUAUUUCUUCCAUGCGAGAAGCUGGACCGAGGAAAAUAGCUCCUGCUCAGAGGAAGAAACCCACUUCUCAGAAGAAACGUCGAUUUAAGACUCACAAUGACCAUUUGGCUGGAGUCUUGAAAGAUUACUCUGAUGUCACUUCUGGCCAACAGUGACUGGCUGAAUUUUGAAGCAAACAGACGUUUUUCUACAGGCUUUUUGCCACGCAGACUCAGCGACUGCUUGCAGGAAGACUGACUCUGUAUAGUGAUGUGUUCCCUUCAUCCCAGUGACUGCCGAGAUGGAGCAGAUCAGUUUAAGAGCAAGUUUUAACUACUAAAUUUAGAGUUUAAUUUAAUUAGCUAAUUGGAAAUGUGUCUUCAAAUAAAAGGUUCGCUCAAAUUGCCUCUUGGCAUAGAGUGAUAAAUGGUGCUCAGCAUGAAAUACAGGAGUUCCUGUUCAGUGCUUAACUCUGCUUUUACAUUGCUUAAUGGGUGUUACCUGGAAUUACUUAAGAGGAGCUUUUUCAUAGAAUUGAAUACAGCAUUGUUGUACCUAUUGCAGGGAAACCUAUUCCUAAAAUCACUGCAGGCAAGUUUCUUUUACAGUCAAAUACACCCACAGUUUGUUUGUUCCUGCCUUGCUAUGGAGUUGAGCUUUCCCGAACUGAUGGCACCUGAGGCUCUGACUCAGAACAAGCCCUCUCCAGAACUCCAGGCAGGCUGCAGGGGAGCACUGCAGCUGCUGCUUCGUAAUGCUCAUCAGAAAUUGCCCUCAGCUAUUCCUCCUCGCUGUAGCGGAUGCACCUCUGUUACACAGGCAAUUUCUCCUCACUGUAGUGGAUGCACCAGUGUUGCACAAUUCUACUCAUGGAUAGGGGAAAUAAAUUGACAGCGUAAUACUACAACUUUUUUCUUUUUUUUUUUUUUUUAAGUAAUAAACUUACAGUGCUGGUUUCCAA